UUCCUUGUAGUGCAGCACUUAUACAGCUAUGCAGCGCGAGGAAGUGUGCGUUGAAAUUGGCCCGUUGACGGUUCGAUUGCUCCAGCGGCCGCCCCAGGUUCCUCCCACUGUGGAUGAUGCUGGUGCGGCUGGCGGCGGGCCACCAGACCUGGCCGUGCGGCCUGCCAGCCAGGGCGCCGGCGAGCCUGAGUCAGCCGUGCUACCUGUCUCCGAUUGCCUCCUCGGCUGGGAGCUGUGGCCCGCGGCCUCCACACUGGCGCUCUAUCUAGCAUCACCGGAGGGGCGCCAGCUCCUGCACGCCGCGGAGCGUGUGGUGGAGCUGGGCGCGGGGCUGGGGCUGCCGGGCAUCGUGGCGGCGGCGCUGGGGGCGGCGCACGUGACCCUGACCGACCUGCCUCAGGCGCUGCCGCUGGCCGCCGCAAACGCCCGGCUCAACGGCGUGGCGGGCACCUGCACCGCCGCGCCGCUGGACUGGGGCGAGGUGGCGAGGCUGGCGCGGGUGCGGGUGGGCGACGGCAGUGCGGCGGCGCAGGCAGGGGCUGCACAGCCUGGGCCCGGAGCACCCGGAGCGGCGGAGAGGAGCGGCGAGGCUGGCGGUGCAAAGGGCAAGCAAGUAGCCGUGGCUCAGGAUGAGACUGGGGUUGGGGCUGGGCCGCAGGCAGGGGCUGGGGCGGGCGGGAGUCCCCGGCAGCCACCGCCGCGACCAGCGCAGGCGCAGCAGGGGCAGCCGCCGCAGCUGUGCCAACACGUGGGCGCCUAUGACCUGGUGCUGGCGGCGGACGUGGUGUACGUGAGUGCGUUGGCGCCGCUGCUGGCCGACACCAUUUCGGCCGUGUGCCGCCGGCCGCCACAGGCGUCGUCGCCCGCGGCAGGGCAACAGCAGGUCUCGGUAGGGCAGCACAAGGGAGGCGCGGCGGCGGCGGGGGCAGGUGGGGCGGCAGCGUGGGCUGCCGGGCCGCAUGCACCACACGAUGGUGCCGCGAGCGGUGGGAAUGUGGAGCGUGGUCGCUGUGGCGGUAGCGGCGGGGAUGGGAGGGAUGCGACGGUGUUGGUGGCGCACACCACACGCAAGUCGGUGUGGUUGGAUAGGUCCACGGGUGAGGUGCGGACAGAUGAGACGGAUGAGCCGUGGGAGCGGUUUCUGGGCUGCAUGAGGAAGCACGGGUUUCGGUGGCAGAGGGUGGAGGUGGAUGGGCGCAGGUGCGAGGAGUCGUUUGUGGGCGUCUUCGCCCGGGGUGCGUAGGGAUGGAGCGGACCAGUAGUGAAGCCGGAUAGCGGUGUAUGCUUUGUGGCGGUGACGGUGGCGGUUAGCACAGGCUGGUGUUGGUGAUGUGCGCCAUUACAUGGAGGUAGGGCGCGGUAAUGAGCUUGUACUUGAAGGACAGCAAAUGAGGCGGAUGGGGCUUGCGAAGGCAGGUGAGCAAGGAUCGCGGUGCGGGUCGCCGCAGCGGAGCCCGCAGCCAAGGCAGUCGCGUGCGGCAUUGAGCUUGGGUCGUGAGGCUUCUUGUUAGGCGAGUUCUAUGCCCAUCUUGGCUUGCGUCAUCUGGAAUGGGAAUGGAUGGAGAAUGUUGGACGCGACGCAUCGCCAGGGGUUUUGGGGCGUGUAAAUGCAUGCCACAUGCACGUUGACUU